AUGGUUGCCAUCAACCUCUUUCAUGAACCAACAUUUACCCAGACUCUACAUUCCAUCACUUCAGAAUCUCAUCUUAUAGCACUAUUGGCUGCUAUAUGCGCAUACUCUGUACGCUUCGUUCCCUUUGAAGCCGACCCGGAACUUGAACAAGAAUUAUCAUGGGGUCACCCCGACCAGAAGUCGCCCACAACAUUCCUCAACCUUUCGUCACAGCAGAUCGACAAGGCUCUGAAUGAGUGCACCGACGAUCCCCCGCCACUUUGCGUUCUGCAAGCCCUGAUCGUUACAACCCAUUGUCAGCUGACUCAGGGUGUUCGAGGGAGAGCAUGGCGUGCGCUGGGAACAUGUGUGAGGUUAGCAUACGAGCUGAAUCUCCACCUGCUGGAUUCGAGGUAUGCUGUUGAGCAGUAUGAUCAUAACACCCCCCGCUGGUGCGAAGAUGAGGAGAAGCGUCGUGCGUGGUGGGCAAUAUGGGAGAUGGAUGUGUUUGCGAGCACUAUCCGUCGCACACCAACUGCCAUCAGCUGGUCCCAGAUGGAGGUGUUACUCCCAGCGCCUGACGCAAAUUGGUACCAGGAUUCCCCUGUUGGGAGCUGCUUCCUCGAGCAGGAGCCAGGCCAGCGGUGGAAAGCUCUCCAAGAGAGUGGCAAUGUUUCCCCAAAGGCUUGGUUUAUUGUCAUCAACUCUCUUAUGAAGGAUGCCCAAGUCAUAUCUUGCCCUAGAGGUGUACCCUCUGUUACAAGACCGGGCCAGAGCUGGCAGCAGACUACAAAGGGUGAAGCAAGGCAAAGGAUUUCUUACCAGGCCGAGAACAGCGAGGAAUCUCGGCAGAAGCUGGAGACUUUGGCGAACUCGGUAUACUGUCUUGUUCGCGUGCUGCCUGAGAACCUUCGUUAUCGCCAACAAUAUCUUUCGUUUAGCCCUCGCUUGCCGGGCCAGGUUGAGUCAUCUCGACAACUGCACUGCUCUAUCUACAAUAUCUACGUCAUGACACAGUUGGCGCGACUUAUGAUACAUCGAUACGAUGUUUUCGGUAGUCAAUCUAAGCCUGCACAGCCACCAGCGAUGAGUGCGCCAUGCAAGCUGGGCUUCUCCUCUUUUCAGGAACAGGAGAACCCUGCCCUCAGAGAGUAUUUCGAGUCAGCGGACAAUGUUCUCUCGAUAGUCAAUAGGAGCUGCGAAGAUCAUAUUCGUCACAUCAAUCCGUUUUUACCCAGCACGAUCUGGCUGGCGGCUGCCGUUCAAAUGGUUCGAAAGCAGUUCGGAGGUCCCUCGACUUAUAACUCGCUUAUCAAGGCUCGCUUUGAUGUUUUGUACCUUACGUACAAGCAAUGCGUCAGCUUCUGGGGAAUACAGACUGCGAUGCAGCAGAAUCUCGAGACCAUUGAGGCACAACUGGAAGACUUCAAUGGCAAGCCUACGAGAAGCUUCGCAGGCACGACGACACAGCCUGCAUGGUCUGGGGUUAGCAAUUCCGCGCAGAGAUGGAUACCACCGUCGUUGGACACGUCCAAUGGACUGAAAAUCGCCUUGCAGUCCUCCGACGGCCAGAAUGUCACUCAUAAAGCACAGUCACAUGAAAUACAAAAGCUUCUUCCAACUGGCAAUGCUGAUAAUAAUGGCAAAAAAGACAUGCAGGCCUCAGAAGCCCUGCCUAAGACUCCGCCUGAAAGUGAUCAUGGGGAGCAAGCCACGCGCAACACAAUGCAGGGGUCUGACAUGUCUCCCAAGAUCAUGGGCGUGACGCAGUCUAUGGAUCCCCUGAACACCACAUUUUGUACUGAUGCGGACGAUUCUAUGACAAGUAUGCCCAUGAUGGACUUUAUGCUCAUGCCACCGCAAGCAGGGGCUGAGAUGCAUGAUAUGGGGGAUAGUACCAUGAUGGAUGUGUGGAAGGAUAUGGAGCUUCCGAGCGAUAUUCGUGACUUGUUAUCUGGCUUCUCGACGUAUUGA